AAGAUUGUUGCGGAAUUGUGUGAGAAAAAGUUUUAAUAAAAUAACCUUUCAACCGCAACGAUCGACGUUUGACUGUUUGCAAGCGCUUGCAUCAUUCCCGUCCGUGUGGUAAAAGUGCGUUCGACGUGCGCUCGGGGUCAUUUCUAGCAGGCAGCAUCCGAAUUGAUAACGCAACCAUCCUGUGAGGAUGUUUACCGUAAACACACAUCAGCACCAACUGUGGUUCCAUCUAUCGCAAAUAACGCCACGACACAGUCACAUCGCGUUCAAGAAGCAACACAAACACCACCAGCAUCAACAGCAGCGGCAAGGAAAGGAGACCGUAUCUCAGCUCGCCCAGCAGCAGGACUUUGUGCCCCGGUUGAAGCAAUCGCUCGUACAGCUGUACACCGAUGCGUUCCGGAGCACGGUCGAACCGUCGGCUGCGGCCCAGACGGUGCCUGCGGAGGAACUGUACCGGCUGAAGCUGCCCCGGCGGCUGGAGCGAAACCUGCUGAAGCACUUUAGCCAGGUGGAACUGCUCGGUAGUAUACGAGAGAACACUCCGUGGAGUCUGAACGUAACACCGCGCGUCAAGAAGGGCAAAAAUGUGGCCACGUCGACGGAGAAACUGUUCUUCAGCGGGGAAGCGGUACAAAAGCUCGUGCAUGGAUUACUGUCGCACAACACGUCCUGGAACUUUGCCCAGCAGCGAGGGUUCAAGACAGUCCGAUCGAUAAGCGCCGAACUGAAACGUAAUCCGGCGUUGUACACGCGUAUGAGGGAUGCCUUGGGAACUCCACCGCCACCAAUUGCUCACAAGUACGACCCGGUGGCGUACUCUGCACAAUCCCACGUCAGUUCACAGCCGCACGGUGAACCGCUGAACAAACUGUUGGCAGACGAUCCGACGCUCUCGGACGAGCAGCGCCAACGGCUGAAGAUUGCGUUCGCCGAGGGCUACCUGACCGCGUCGCAUCCGGACAGCCAGAACCGCUCGAGCAAGGCAAUGAAAUAUUUAAAGUUUUUCCAACAACUGCUCAUCAUCGUCGUGUUCAUUGGCAUCUUCAUUAGCAUGUUCGCAUCACCGAAUGGGUCCGUCUUUAGUAGAAUACAAAUCGGCAACCAGGUGGAGGUCGACCCGGAGGACAUCACCGUGACGUUCGAGGAUGUGAAGGGAUGCGACGAGGCGAAGCAGGAGCUGAAGGAGGUGGUUGAGUUCCUGAAGAACCCGGGCAAGUUUAGCAACCUCGGUGGAAAGCUGCCGAAGGGUGUGCUGUUGGUCGGACCGCCCGGUACGGGCAAGACAUUGCUCGCACGUGCCGUCGCUGGGGAGGCCGGUGUGCCGUUCUUCCAUGCUGCCGGGCCGGAGUUUGACGAGGUGCUCGUUGGCCAGGGUGCCCGUCGUGUACGGGAUCUGUUCAAGGCCGCUAAAGAACGUGCACCGUGCGUUAUAUUCAUCGAUGAAAUCGACUCGGUUGGCGCGAAGCGUACCAACUCCGUGCUGCAUCCGUACGCGAACCAGACGAUCAAUCAGCUGCUGUCGGAAAUGGAUGGUUUCCAGCAGAACGAGGGAGUGAUCGUGCUCGGUGCGACCAAUCGGCGCGACGAUCUCGAUCAGGCGCUCCUGCGCCCCGGACGCUUCGACGUAGAAGUGGUCGUUCCGACGCCCGACUUUACCGGCAGGAAAGAAAUUCUUACGUACUAUUUGGGCAAGAUUCUAAGCAGAGAAAUCAACAUCGAUCAACUGGCCCGGGGGACGACGGGAUUCACCGGGGCGGACAUUGAAAACAUGGUCAAUCAGGCUGCCUUGCGUGCGGCCAUCGAUGGAGCCGAAACGGUCACGAUGAAACACCUGGAGAACGCACGCGACAAAGUACUUAUGGGACCGGAGCGGAAGUCGCGGCUUCCGGAUGAGGAAGCGAACAAAAUUACCGCCUACCACGAGGGUGGACAUGCCAUAGUUGCUUACUAUACAAAGGAAUCGCACCCACUUCACAAAGUAACAAUCAUGCCGCGGGGUCCAUCGCUAGGCCAUACGGCGUACAUCCCGGAGAAGGAACGCUAUCACGUGACCAAGCAGCAACUGCUCGCCAUGAUGGACACCAUGAUGGGGGGGCGAGCGGCAGAGGAAUUGAUUUUCGGUGCAGAUAAAAUCACGUCCGGUGCCAGCAGUGAUCUGAAGCAGGCCACCUCGAUUGCGGCGCACAUGGUCAAGGAGUGGGGCAUGUCGGAGCGGGUCGGCCUCCGGACGAUCGAGGGCCCGAAAGGGUUCGGCCAGAAUGAGGUCCUCUCGCCGUCGACAGUCGAGAGCGUCGACAAUGAGAUCAAAAAGUUGCUCCAGGAAAGCUACGACCGCGCUAAGGCCAUUCUCAAGCAGCACGCCAAGGAGCACAAGGCACUGGCGGAGGCACUGCUGAAGUACGAAACGCUCGACGCGGAGGACAUCAAGGCGAUCAUGGGCGGGGAGAAGCUAGCGGCGGAGGAAAACUAAAGCGAAGCGAGCGAAUCCCUGCCGAAACAAAGUAAACAAAGGAACGUAAAGGCUUAAACUUAGCUGUAAGCAUACGCCGACGUUCCGAGGACGAUAGUUUUACGAAUGUAGGAUUAUACUACACCUACGGCACUCCCUUACUUCCUUCCUUCCUUCCCCUAAGCCUUGCAUAAUCGAACUAAAACUUUGCUACAGUGAGCGUGGUGGCAAAACGUGGAAGGGUUUCUACAAUGCGAAAACUGAGUCAAAAUGUUAUCCAAUCUUUAUGAAUUUAUAAAAGUUCAUACCACUAUAUAUAUAUUUUUAAAUGAAUUCCUUUGGUUACUUACAUACGCAACACCCAUGCGUUCGCUCGCAUGGAAUUCUACUUGCCGAAGAACCCAGCGCUGGUGGAAAUGGUGUUGGUGUGGAAAUUGUAUGUAUGCAUCCAUGCAUUGAUCAGGCACGCUUCAGUAUCGCAUAAACGAAUGAAAAUAAAUUAACUGUUAUUGCUA